UCUAGUGUCUACGGGUCUCGUGCGGGGUCUUUUUUCUUUGUUUUCCUCCGUCCUGUCGGCUGCCUUUGCUUCUUUCCCCUUUCAUGAAUUCCACCGCUGUGCCAGGCGUCCCGAGUAAGCUGGCGGGCUCUGCUGCUUCCCCCUCGGCUAACUCGGCCCCGGCGGCAAAGUCUUUGUUCAGGCACGUGCGCUACGAAAACCUGCUGGCCGGGGUGAGCGGCGGCGUUGUCUCCACGUUGGUCCUGCACCCGCUGGACUUGGUCAAGAUCCGCUUCGCAGUGAGUGAUGGCUUGGAGCUGAGACCAAAAUACAAUGGUAUCUUGCAUUGUUUGUCAACCGUCUGGAAACAAGAAGGAUUACGUGGUCUGUACCAAGGAGUGACUCCAAAUGUUUGGGGUGCGGGUGCCUCUUGGGGUCUGUAUUUUUUCUUCUACAAUGCUAUUAAAGCCCACAAGACAGAGAAUAAGAUGGAAAACCUUGGAGCAAUUGAACACCUAGUGUCAGCAGCUGAAGCUGGAGUGGUGACUUUGUGUAUUACAAACCCAAUAUGGGUAACCAAGACUCGGCUUGUGUUACAAUAUGAAGCUGGUGCUGACUUGUCAAAGAAGCAGUACAAAGGAAUGUUUGAUGCUCUUAUUAAAAUAUACAGGCAUGAAGGUAUACGUGGACUAUAUAAGGGAUUUGUGCCUGGUCUGUUUGGAACCUCACAUGGAGCCCUUCAGUUUAUGGCUUAUGAAGAUUUAAAAUCCCGAUAUAAUAAAUAUAAAAAUAGACCAUCACAUGUGAAACUGAACACUUUAGAAUAUAUUACCAUGGCAGCAGCAUCCAAAAUAUUUGCAGUCACAGCAACAUAUCCGUAUCAGGUUGUGAGGGCACGUCUCCAGGAUCAGCACAACAAAUACUCUGGAGUACUUGAUGUCAUCCAUAGGACAUGGAGGAAAGAAGGAGUUCGUGGAUUUUAUAAAGGAAUUAUGCCCAAUGUAAUACGAGUCACUCCUGCAUGUUGUAUCACCUUUGUAGUAUAUGAAAAAGUAUCUCAUUUGUUACUUUGACUUAAUAACAAAUGAAUAUUGACUCCAUAUAUUGUUCUGCACCCUUUCAGUGAAGCAGGAAUGCCAACACCUGUCUGGCAUAGAUUUUUUUUUUCUGGACUCAUAUUUGUCAGUUUCAUUUGUAAUACCUUUUAAAUGGACCAAGGUCACCCACAAGUUAGUACAUUUCAGAUAUAUUUUAUAUUGAUCUCUGUAAGUAUCUCAAAAUAAAUUGUUCACAUUAUCA